GAUUCCCACUCAUCCCCACUUCUUGCCACCCACUACAGUUCCCUCCAUUUCCACCUCCAUUUCCCUCCCCCCAAAUAAAGAAACGCCAUUAGAGCCCACCAAGCUCAUCAGCAAGCUCACCACACUCUCUCAGGGAAGAGUACCCGGGACCGAGGGAGUGGUAGAUCACAUGGCGCUCAGUAAAGAAAUCGUGGGUAGCUCCCUGAUCGAGCGGUCGUCGCUGGUCCCCUCGUCGAAACUGCGGUGGCAGAGCAGCCCCGUUUUGGUUCCGCUUAAACAGGGGAGGUCCGCGGACCUGUGGAAGAGGAAGAAGGUGGGGGCCGUGAGGGCAGCGGUCAGCGAGGACCUGGUCAAGGCGGUGUCUCCCACUCCGCCGGAGAAGGGGCCCGCGGCUGCGGAAGCGCAGGCGGCGUCGAAGCUCAAGGUGCGGGCGGUGGUGACGUUGAGGCAGAAGAACAAGGAGGACCUGCAGGAGACAAUUAUCAAGCACUUGGAUGCCUUCACGGACAGGAUCGGGAUGAAUGUCGUGCUUCAGCUCGUCAGCACCGAGGUUGACCCCAAGACGAAGGCUCCGAAGAAGAGCAACGAAGCAGCCCUGCGGGACUGGUCGAAGAAGUUAAAUGUGAAGGCGGAGCGGGUUCACUACUCGGCCGAGUUCACGGUGGACUCGAACUUCGGGGUCCCCGGAGCCAUCACGGUAUCCAACAAGCAUCAGAAGGAGUUCUUCCUCGAGAGCAUGACCAUCGAGGGCUUCGCCAAUGGCCCUGUUCACUUCCCCUGCAAUUCCUGGGUUCAAUCCAGGAGAGAUCACCGGGGGAAGAGAAUAUUCUUCUUUAAUAAGCCUUAUUUGCCAUCGGAGACACCGGCUGGGCUUAGAGCAUUAAGGGAAGAGGAGCUGAGGAAUCUGAGGGGAGAUGGGAAGGGUGUUAGGAAGCUGUCAGACAGGAUUUACGACUAUGAUGUGUACAAUGACUUGGGCAACCCUGAUAGGGGCAUUGAUUUCGUCCGCCCGACCCUUGGUGGAUCCAAGAUCCCUUACCCCAGAAGGUGUCGCACUGGCCGUGUCCCAACUGAUACUGACAUAAAUGCCGAGAGCAGGGUGGAGAAGCCACUCCCUCUAUAUGUCCCGAGGGAUGAGCAGUUCGAGGAGUCAAAGAUGGACACUUUCUCUACAGGCCGACUCAAGGCUGUCCUCCACAACCUGCUUCCGUCCCUGAAGGCGAGCCUCUCUGCCAAUAAUAAGGAUUUCAAUGGCUUCGCAGACAUAGACAGCCUCUACAAGGAAGGGCUCCUCCUGAAAGUUGGGCUCCAGGACGAGCUCCUGAAGAAGCUUCCCCUGCCCAGAGUGGUCCAGGAAUCUAGUCAGGGGCUCCUCAAAUAUGCCAUCCCCAAGAUUCUCUCGAAGGACAAAUUCGCAUGGCUACGGGAUGACGAAUUCGCCCGGCAAGCAGUAGCCGGGAUUAAUCCAGUGAACUUAGAGAGGCUCACUGUGUUCCCGCCCCAAAGCAAGCUCGAUCCUGAGAUUUAUGGUCCCCUAGACUCCGCUCUCAAGGAGGAACACAUAUUGGGGUAUCUCAACGGCAUGUCCGUCCAACAGGCCAUUGAUGAGAACAAGCUGUUCAUAGUGGACCACCAUGACGCAUACCUCCCAUUCCUCGACAAGAUCAAUGCGCUUGAUGGGCGUAAAGCCUAUGGGACCCGCACCAUUUACUUUCUGACCCCACAGGGCACACUGAAGCCCAUUGCCAUUGAGCUCGCUUUGCCGCCUGGGGGACCCAGUUCCCGAACAAGGCGGGUUGUCACACCUCCAGUUGAUGCUACCGCAAACUGGAUAUGGCAACUUGCGAAAGCUCAUGUGAGCUCUAAUGACGCUGGGGUCCACCAGCUUGUGAACCACUGGCUACGAACUCAUGCUUGUAUGGAACCAUUUAUACUGGCUGCGCAUCGGCAUAUGAGCGCUAUGCACCCGAUAUACAAGCUUCUUGAUCCACAUAUGAGGUACACGCUUGAGAUCAAUGCGUUGGCCCGCCAGAACCUGAUAAAUGCAGAUGGUGUCAUCGAGGCUUGCUUUACCCCUGGGCGUUACUGCAUGGAGAUCAGCGCUGCAGCAUACAAAAACUUCUGGCGGUUUGACCAAGAGAGCCUUCCUGCUGAUCUGAUCCGAAGGGGCAUGGCAGUGCUGGAUCCUACACAACCCUACGGGUUGAGACUUGUGCUCGAGGAUUACCCAUACGCUGCUGACGGUUUAAUGAUAUGGUUUGCGAUAGAUAAAUGGGUCCGGACCUACGUGAACUACUAUUACCCAGAUGCAAGUGUGGUGUCCAAUGACCGGGAGCUCCAGACUUGGUAUACUGAAUCGGUAAAUGUGGGCCAUGCUGAUCUUCGACAUGCUGACUGGUGGCCAAGGCUGGCGAGCCCGGAGGACCUGGCCUCGAUCUUGACAAAGAUCAUAUGGCUGUCGUCCGCCCAACAUGCAGCCCUAAACUUUGGGCAGUAUCCCUAUGGGGGUUUCGUCCCAAACCGACCGCCCCUUAUGAGGAGGCUCAUCCCAGAGGAGGGCGAUCCUGAAUACACCAACUUCGUGGCCGAUCCGCAGAAGUACUUCCUAUCCGCGCUGCCAAGUCUCUUGCAGGCCACGAAAUUCAUGGCCGUGGUGGACACUCUCUCCACCCACUCCCCUGAUGAGGAGUACCUCGGGGAGAGGCAGCAGCCAUCGAUCUGGUCUGGUGAUCCUGAGAUCAUCGAGGCAUUUUAUGAGUUCUCCGCGGAAAUCGGACAAAUAGAGAAGGAGAUCGAAAGAAGAAACAGUGACCCAAAACUCAAGAACCGGUGCGGGGCAGGGGUCUUGCCCUAUGAGCUCCUUGCGCCCAGCUCGGAACCGGGUGUGACAUGCAGAGGCGUGCCAAAUAGCAUCUCAAUAUGAGCCCGAACUAGGAGCUUACCUACGCAUACCUCUAGUCAUCAGCAAUAAAAACGCACCUCCCUUGAAAAAAAAAAGUGGGUUGGCUCAAUGAGCAAGUCGGUUAAUUAAUUUGUAUUUAGAUGAUUAGAUGUUGAGCGAGUCAAUUUUGCACUUGUUGGUAUGUAGUCUGUAUAUGAACUAGAAUCCCUUGAAGCAUAGUGUUGUAUCAAUCAAUGUAUAUCAGAUCCAAUUGAGUUCCUUGAUUUUGCCGACCUC